CGUAAUGCCUGGGCUCCGGGGCCCCGGAGGUUUGGGGCGGAGUCCGCGGAUGAGGACGUGAGCUCACAGCCUUGGACUGCUGGCAGGCAGGCAGGCGGCCACAGGGAAGGGGCGGCACGGUGUGGGCUUGGAACCCAGCGAAGAAGAGAGGCGCCCCCAUGGACGGCUGCUUCUGAGUCUGAAAUCGCCAGAAAGGAAAUGCAUCCUGUCCUUGGCUCCUGAGAAACUCCCAGGCCGACUGGAUUAGGUUUGGCUAGAAGUCCCAGAUCCUGGGACUGUCUGGUGGGUCUCCACGUGCUGAGAGUAUGAGGCUCUGGCUUCCGCCGGCCACUCUCUUGUGACCUUUCACCACGGCGGAACCUUCCAAACUGACUUCCUGCCGUGUGGUGAUCUACCUGCAGCGGGAGAUGUCGGGGGAUACCUGUCUGUGCCCAGCCUCUGGGGCCAAGCCCAAGAUGAGCGGCUUCAAGGGAGGAGGCCUGGGCAACAAGUACGUGCAACUCAACGUGGGUGGUUCCCUGUACUACACCACUGUGCGGGCGCUGACCCGGCAAGACACCAUGCUCAAGGCAAUGUUUAGCGGGCGCAUGGAGGUGCUGACCGACAAAGAAGGCUGGAUCCUCAUUGACCGGUGUGGAAAGCAUUUCGGCACCAUUUUGAAUUACCUCCGCGAUGACACCAUCAUCCUCCCUCAAAAUCGACAAGAAAUCAAAGAAUUGAUGGCCGAAGCGAAAUAUUACCUCAUUCAGGGCCUGGUGGACAUGUGCCAGACUGCCCUGCAGGACAAGAAGGACUCGUACCAGCCUGUGUGCAACAUCCCCAUCAUCACAUCCCUGAAAGAGGAAGAGAAGCUCAUCGAAUCCUCCACCAAGCCCGUGGUGAAGCUGCUGUACAAUAGGAGCAACAACAAGUAUUCCUACACCAGCAAUUCUGACGAUCACCUGCUAAAAAACAUUGAGCUGUUUGACAAGCUGUCCCUGCGCUUCAAUGGCCGUGUGCUCUUCAUCAAGGACGUCAUCGGUGAUGAGAUAUGCUGCUGGUCCUUCUAUGGCCAAGGCCGGAAGCUGGCAGAGGUGUGCUGCACCUCUAUCGUGUAUGCCACAGAGAAGAAGCAGACCAAGGUAGAAUUUCCAGAGGCCCGAAUCUACGAGGAAACACUCAAUGUCCUACUUUACGAGACCCCCCGAGUCCCUGACAACUCCCUGUUGGAGGCCACAAGCCGUAGCCGCAGUCAGGCCUCCCCCAGUGAAGACGAGGAGACCAUUGAACUGCGGGACCGUGUCCGUCGCAUCCAUGUCAAGCGCUACAGCACUUAUGACGACAGGCAGCUCAGCCACCAGUCUGCCCAUCGUGACUGACAGGACCCUCGGGCAGUCGGAGCACUGGACACCUUGUCUCCUCUCCUGGGGAACCCUGCCCCCUUGGCCAGCCCACACUGCUGCUGCUGUCUGAGACUGCUCCAGCACCUGGAGACAUGACAGGCCCCGCCUGGGAGGUCAGAGGGCCUGAGCAGGGGAGCAACAACAUGCUUCUGCCCUGAUUCCUGAGCCCCUCUGCUCAGCAUCUCUGCCUGUCUGACAGGGAGCAGCUUCCAGUUCUGGGAUAAAUGGACUGAAUUUCCCACCUGCCACUGAGAGCUUCGCUGAGCACCCCUUCCUCUACUGAAGGGCUAUUCCCCUAGAACUCUGGCUGAGGCCCAUGGGAUGGGUUCAUCCUGUGGGAAAGGUGGUUCCUUGUGCUGUGGAAACCCAGUUUCUUACAUGGGCCCCCUUUUUCCUAAGCACAAGCUUGAUGAGCUUGGUUUUUUAAAAAUAACCUAGGAAAUGAGUAGUUUUAAAUCUAACAGUAAAGGAAGUGGGGCUUUCUCCUUCCCCUUCAGGGUGCCUUACCCUAGGUGAGGCAGAACUGUUGGCCCUUCUCCAUGCCUUUGGGAUCUAUUUCUUUAAAGCACUUUUUUACUUUCCCUCGGGGUACUUGUAUACUGCCCUGAUCCACAUUGUCUUUUUUUGCCCCUUCUUCCUGCACAAUCAAUCUGAGGAAAGGAAUAGAAGCAGGAAAAAAAAAAAAAACCACCUCAGACUGACCAGCUCUGACUUCGUAGGGCUGUCCAAGUGCCAUGAGGAAGGAAAGUGUGAUUGGGCCUGAGGGCCUAAGAGCACCCCUCUGAGGAAGGACAUUUUACCCUCCAUCUUGGAGUCAGACUCCUAGGGCCUAAUAUGAAUGGGUUUCUUUUGACUCUUUCCCUGCGCUCUGAGGCAUGCUGUCCUGAGUAUAAAGCCAAAGAGCCAUUAGAGGGGCUGGAUGCUGCUUGAGGUGAAAGCAGCGUGGCCUGCAGCAGGAAGGUUGUGCGCCCACACUUGCAUGUGCGUCAGCCUCGGCCCGCUGGUACAGAGUUCCGCCCUUCUGGGAGCUGGCGUAGUGGCCCCUGCUUGGCCACAUGUCCACCUCCCCAGCCCAUGCUACUGGGUUUGUGCCCUGGCUGUGCUUGGCGCCUCUGCCACCGUGAGUCUCGACACAGGAUGGUAUGAGCAGCUGAGCCCUCUCAAGGCCAUCAUUCCUUUCUUGUUGGGGAACUUGGCUGUGGGGCUGCCAAGCACCAGCUCUCUAUGGGUUCCUCUUCAGGGCUUGGCUUUCAUUCCCUUUUGUUUGGCUUGCCACUUGAGAGGCUUCGUAUCUGAAUUCAUAGCCAAAGGAAUGAACGCCCUCAGGGAGGGAGCUCAUCAGGCAGCCUGAGGCAGCAGAGCCACUCAGCAGUACCCGCCCGGUCCUCUUGCUACAUAGCCAAGUGGUUGCUCACGGCUGACCCCAGAGUCUGUGGACAAUGCCAGGCCCAAGGGUAAGUAGAAACGCACAGACCUGAAAUGACAUGGACCAGGGGAAAUGCAGCUCCAAUCAGAUGUUUUAUACUUGUUGGACAGUUUUGAAUGUAUAAAUAAGCCUUUCAGGGGAGGCACCCUGGUGAUCCACUACAGUUCUUCCAGCCCUCACUGGAAUAACAAGAUGAAGACAAAUCCACUGCUUUGGCCUGAUUUUGGCUUUGGUUUUGUGGCUUUCUCUAGGAGACUAGAAUGCUUUCUCCUGGAGCCAGUGGCCAGUUUCUUAAGCACUUUCCUGAAAUCUAACACUCAAAGGUCCUUGUGCCUCAUGGAGGAAUUUCAACACCUCUCUUCCUCAGCCCCUAUAGUUGCUACUGCUUUGAUAUCUAGGUCCUCGGUUAGCUCAGUGGUGACCAGUUCUUGAGAAAGCACAGACAGUGUGGGACUCAGCUUUUAACUCCCUGAGUGAAAAAUCUCUUCAGUCUUAAGAAAAAUACUAACACUGAAGUGAUCUUGGCUUCUGUGGUCAUACUUUAUAGACUAAGGGUUUGGGGAAUUUUGAUCUUCCCAGCCUCCUUCAGAAAGUGGCUCCAGGCUGUGUAAACUUUUCAACUCCUGGCAACCCAGGGAAAAGUGUGGCUGAAGGUCAAACUUGGCAGUUUCUGACAACACUGGAAGCCUGCUGUUAACCCACAUUUACCAUUACUGGGUCUUUGUUGUUCAACAAGAUGGAAACAAGCACUAAUUUCUAAUAAAAUCCUGUUACACUACAGUGGUAGAUCUGUGCUUA